UUAUUUAAUUUCAAAAUCCAAAACUCUCUUCGUCAGUCUGUCAAAGCUUCGUGUCAGAGCGAAAAAUGAACAUAAUCUUUGUUCUGUUUCUCCUUGUAGCACAAAGAGCUGCAGCUGUGACUCACAGUCUGAAGCAUUUCUACACCUCCUCCUCUGGAGUCACAAAUCUUCCAGAGUUUGUGGUUGUCGGUUAUGUUGAUGAUGUUUUAAUAAGUCAUUAUGACAGUAACACCAAGAGAGCAAAACCCAAACAGGACUGGAUGGAAAAAGUCACAACUGAUGAUCCUCAGUACUGGGAGACAGAAACUGGGAACUUAGUGGGCUCCCAGCAGGCCGAAAAGGACAACAUUGAAAUAGCAAAACGUCGCUUCAACCAAACUGGAGGUGUCCACAUUAACCAGAGGAUGUUCGGCUGUGAAUGGGACGAUGAGACUGGACACGUUAAUGGUUAUGAUCAGUUUGGUUAUGAUGGAGAAGACUUCAUAUCACUGGACCUGAAGACGAUGACAUGGAUCGCUCCAAAUCCACAGGCUGUCAUCACCAAACACAAGUGGGACAAUAACGAAGCUGAUUUAGCAUAUAAAAAGAACUACUACACCCAGAUUUGUCCUGAGUGGCUGAAGAAGUACCUGAACUAUGGGAGGAGCCAACUGCUGAGAACAGACCUCCCCUCGGUGUCUCUCCUCCAGAAGUCUCCGUCCUCUCCAGUCUGCUGUCAUGCUACAGGUUUCUAUCCUGAUAAAGCCGACAUAUUCUGGAGAAAAGACGGACAGCAGCUUUUUGAGGACGUGGAUCACGGAGAGCUGCUCCCCAACCACGACGGAACCUUCCAGAUGAGUGUGGACCUGAACCUUUCAUCAGUCAAACCUGAAGACUGGGACAAGUACGAGUGUGUGUUUCAGCUGGCUGGUGUCAAAGACGACAUCAUCACCAAACUGGACAAAGACGCCAUCUGGACCAACCACGAGACGCCCAGUGACGUCCUCGUCCCCGUCAUUGUUGCAGUGGUUCUUCUUGCACUUGUUGUGGCUGCAGUCGUUGGAUUCAUAGUUUACAAGAAGAAGAAAGGUGAGCGAAUAAAACAGAAAGUUUUUCUCAUUUCAGUUUCCAACACUUUGAUUUGAUUGUUUUUCAGAGUUCAUCUGAUCAGUUUGUAAUUUCUGUUUUAGUGACGUCACAGUCGUCUUCAUAUAAUCUCUAUUAUUUUAUGUCAUUUCAGCAUCAAUAAAAUAAUAACAAAUAUUUCUGCAGCAACUACAACUAUUUCUGUCAUCAGUACUGUAUUUAUACUAUGAGGUAAUAGUACCCGUGAGUAUGAAGACAGUAAGAACAUUUGACCCCAGUGACCUUCACCCUAAUGAUUGACCUCUGGCUGACCUUUGCCACGACAAUUCUGGAAUCCACCUCAGUGUGCGACACAUUUGGUCCAAAUCUGGUUAAAAAUCUAUUUCUUUUACCUUUGCCCAAAUGUAUUCUUUAAGGUCAGUUUCAGGAUCAAACUUCAU